GCUGUUCCUUAGAUAGUUCAUGGACCAUAUGAAUAAUCCCACUCUCUCUCUCUAUCUUUCAUCCAAACAUUUAAAAGAAUUUAAUGAAUUGUCUUAAUCUCAAAAUUCCAGUUUUAAAUUUUUGACCCUUUGUACAGAGUACGUGUACUUCUUGUAUAUCCACGUCCUAGAUCUCUGCAACUUGCUCUUUUAAUAUUCACUUCUUCUCCUGCUUCCACAGUCUUGCCUCCUCCUUCCCUUUGCUUUCUUUUGCAUUUUUGUCCAUUCAAAAUGCUAUCUUUACUACUGGUUUUCAGUCAAGAACGUUCGUUUUGCUUUUACACUUUCAUUCUAACCUACCAAUGUAUUAUUUCCUUUUAAGUAAUUUUCUGGUACUUGUUUCUUAAGAAUCUCUUUGAUUCAAUUGGGAAGGCUUUUAAAGGAAAUUUUUGUCUGUGAAAUUUGUCAUCUUUAUUUGAUUUGUCUUUCUGGGUUUUGAUUUUACCAAGUGGGCCUUGUCAUAAUUUCAUUCAUAUCGUAGUUAACGGUAAUUAUAGAUUGGAUAUAUUUGAGAACAGUAUCUUUUUUUUUUUUGGAGGUGGGAUUUUGUGAUUGUGGAUCCUGUAGCUGAGAAUUAGAUUUUUUUUUUCUUUUUUCUUUUUGUCUUUUGUUUUUCUUUUCAUCGAUAGAAAAAGGUUUAACUUAGAAGAAAGAAUAUUUCAUAGAAGUUAUGAUUUUAUUUAUGGUCUUAUCUUCUGAUUGUCUUCUUCUUAUGUAAAUGUGACAAGUUUCUGUUGAUUUCUUUAUCAAUUGUUGGUAGGUGUUGGCCUAUGCAGUUGCCAAAUGUUUUCACUUUCUGCGUCUCUUUGUUUCAGCUUUAGGUUUUUUCUUCAAUAGCAUUUCUCUUUCAUAAUAUAGUACUCUAAGGGUGAUUAGGAUCAAUUAGAGUUCUCCUGGUUGAAGGUAUAGCUCAGCGCUUGUGCUUUGAACUCACGAGACUCACAGGAUAUGUGUUGAGAUUUUCAAUUCUCUCCACAGGUGCUUUUAUGUUUCUUGCUAAUUCGCUAUGAUACGGGUGUUGUGCGCUUCUUGGUGCUCUGGGGUGCUUAAUUAGAGAAUAGAAGUCCCUUAGGAGUCUGUUUGGGUCCUGUUUAGAUUGCAAAAGGAAAGUAGAGUAUUAGAGAUUUCCAGUUUUUCUUCUUCAAAAUGGGGCAUUCUGCAGCUGUCUGGGAUCACAGAGCAGCCAUUGAGAUUACAAAGGACUGGAAUGGUAUUGAACAGGUCGUGGUUCGAAAUCCACAAGGGGCUUCUGCCCGGGUAAGCCUGCAUGGAGGACAAGUGGUUUCAUGGAGGAAUGAACGAGGGGAAGAACUUCUGUUCACCAGUAGCAAGGCAAUCUUUAAGCCACCAAAAGCAAUGAGGGGAGGAAUCCCUAUUUGUUUCCCUCAGUUUGGAAACUGCGGAUCACUAGAGCAGCAUGGUUUUGCUAGGAACAAGAUUUGGACAGUUGAUGACAAUCCUCCUCCUUUGCAAUCCAAUGAUUCCAAGGGGAAGUCCUUUGUUGACCUACUGCUUAAACCAUCUGAAGAAGACCUGAAGUGCUGGCCCCAUAGUUUUGAGUUUCGUGUUAGGGUGUUACUUGCGACAAAUGGAGAUUUGGCAUUAAUAUCAAGAGUUCGGAAUAUCAACGGCAAACCAUUUAGUUUCUCAUUUGCAUAUCACACAUACUUAUCAGUUUCUGACAUAAGUGAAGUGAGGAUAGAAGGACUGGAAACACUUGACUAUCUAGACAACCUUUGCCAAAGAGAGAGAUUUACAGAACAAGGAGAUGCCAUAACUUUUGAAUCCGAGGUGGAUCGAGUUUAUCUUAGUUCUCCUAAUGUAAUUGCAGUACUUGAUCAUGAAAGAAAAAGGACAUUUGUGAUACGAAAGGAAGGUCUGCCCGAUGUUGUGGUAUGGAAUCCAUGGGAGAAGAAAUCAAAAGCUAUGGUGGAUUUCGGUGAUGAGGAGUAUAAACACAUGGUAUGUGUUGAUGGAGCAGCAAUUGAGAGACCUAUCACCUUGAAGCCAGGCGAGGAAUGGACAGGGCGUUUAGAGCUCUCAGUUGUACCUUCGAGUUUCUGUAGUGAACACUAUGAUCUUCAGAGAAGAGGUCUUUGAAGAAUACAUGAGUUUUCAAGAGUAAAUGGCCCUAUAUGAUGUUGUAAUGGCUCUGAUAAUGCUUGAAAACCUCUCUCUUUCUUUCUUUUUUUUUUUUUUAAUUUUUUAAUUUUUCUUUUUUUCUUCUCUUUGGUGUUUCCCUUGAGGACAUGGAAUAGUUGUAUUGAAUUAAAAUAUGACUUUCUUUUUCUUCCCUUAA